AAGACCAAGUUCCCCUUUCCGUGGUUUCCGGGCCUGGUACCUGCGGUGGGGAAGGAGGUGGGGUGGCACGAUGGCUUCCUGUCUCCCAACCUCCGAUUUGCGGCUCCCUCUCCCCAGACCCAGGCUUCCCAUCUGGGAUGGACCCCCUGCCCCCAGACUGCUUCUCCUCACGCAAGCUCCUCACCUGCUUUCCGGGCGGGUGGACCCUGGAGCCUCUUGGAGAGUCACGGGAUGGGCGAGGCUGGCUGGAGCCCCCAGUGAGAAGGGCUAGGCCUGAAGGGGGGGCAAAAGGGUGAAGCUGGGGCCGUGGAGGAGAGGCCCUGGGGGGGCCCCCACGGUGAGCUGGAAGACGAUGCUGUUGGGCGCCAGGAUGGGGGCCUGGAGCCUGGGGAGCCAGAGGCAGGCCCCUUGGCUUCGCUGUCACCCAGCCCGGGGGGAAAACCAUCCUAGCUGGACCUCUGUCUGAGAAGUGGGUGCCGGCCUCUCCUUUCCUGAGGAUAGUUCCACUGGGACUGGAGAAGGCACUGAAGGGCACCUGCUUAAGCAGAGGCGAGAAGCAGAGGUGCGUGGAGGAGGUGAUGCUGGGACCCGAGCCAUCCGCUUGUUUCUGGAGCCCGGAGACCUGCUGGGGAAGCCCUCCUGCCACUGAGGACAUGCCUCCCAGGAUGAGCCGGCAAGUGGUCCGUUCCAGCAAGUUCCGCCACGUGUUUGGACAGCCGGCCAAGGCUGACCAGUGCUAUGAGGACGUGCGCGUCUCACAGAACACCUGGGACAGUGGCUUCUGCUCUGUCAACCCCAAGUUCGUGGCCCUGAUCUGUGAGGCCAGUGGGGGAGGGGCCUUCCUGGUGCUGCCCCUGGGCAAGACUGGACGUGUGGACAAGAACGUGCCCAUGGUCUGUGGCCACACGGCCCCAGUGCUGGACAUCGCCUGGUGCCCGCACAAUGAUAAUGUCAUUGCCAGUGGCUCCGAGGACUGCACAGUCAUGGUGUGGGAGAUCCCUGAUGGGGGCCUGGUGCUGCCCCUGCGGGAGCCUGUCGUCACCCUGGAGGGCCACACCAAGCGCGUGGGCAUUGUGGCCUGGCACCCCACAGCUCAGAAUGUGCUUCUCAGUGCAGGUUGCGACAAUGUGAUCCUGGUGUGGGACGUGGGCACGGGGGCGGCCGUGCUGACACUGGGCUCGGACGUGCACCCGGACACAAUCUACAGCGUGGACUGGAGCCGAGAUGGCGCCCUCAUCUGUACCUCCUGCCGCGACAAGCGAUUCCGCAUCAUUGAGCCCCGCAAAGGCACCAUUGUAGCUGAGAAGGACCGUCCCCAUGAGGGGACCCGGCCUGUGCGUGCCGUGUUUGUGUCAGAUGGAAACAUCCUGACCACAGGUUUCAGCCGCAUGAGUGAGCGGCAGGUGGCGCUGUGGGACACGAAGCACCUGGAGGAGCCGCUGUCCCUGCAGGAACUGGACACGAGCAGCGGUGUCCUGCUGCCCUUCUUUGACCCUGACACCAACAUUGUCUACCUCUGUGGCAAGGGUGACAGCUCUAUCCGGUACUUCGAGAUCACUUCCGAGGCCCCAUUCCUGCACUAUCUCUCUAUGUUCAGUUCCAAGGAGUCCCAGCGUGGCAUGGGCUACAUGCCCAAACGUGGUCUGGAGGUGAACAAGUGUGAGAUUGCCAGAUUCUACAAGCUGCACGAGCGGAGGUGUGAGCCCAUCGCCAUGACGGUGCCUAGAAAGUCGGACCUGUUCCAGGAGGACCUGUACCCGCCCACUGCAGGGCCUGACGCUGCCCUCACAGCUGAGGAGUGGCUAGGGGGUCGGGAUGCCGGGCCCCUCCUCAUUUCCCUCAAGGAUGGCUACGUGCCCCCAAAGAGCCGGGAGCUGAGGAUCAACCGGGGCCUGGACACUGGGCGCAAGAGGAUGGCACCUGAAGCCAGUGGCGUUCCCAGUUCGGAUGCCGUAUCCCGGUUGGAGGAAGAGAUGAGGAAGCUCCAGGCCACGGUACAGGAGCUACAGAAGCGCCUGGAUAGGCUGGAGGAGACAGUCCAGGCCAAGUAGAGGACCACCGGCUGAGGCCAACGGCAUCGCCUCCCUCCCUUCCACUCCCACUCCUCAGGCCACCAUGGCAGAUAAGAAAAUACUAAUAAAAUGGCUUUAUUUUCUGGUA